AUGGACGGCACGGGUGAAGCUGAUGCAGAUGCCAAAAAAAUUCACCCCUUCUUUUCAGCGACAAAGAACACUGCUCCAUCGAUACCCGUCUCAGCUAUAGCAUUACCUGUUACCCCAGAUCCGUCCUGCAGUCCUGGCUCCGACAAGCUUUCUGCUAGGGCGGAUGCAUCUAUAAACAUUCUCGACGACAAUGAGCCUGCGCAAGGACGGACCAAGCGACGUAAGACCGACUCUGACGCAGAGCCUGAAGAGUCUAAGCCGCAACGCAAACGAGGACGUCCGAAAGGGAAGACGAAGCCGAAAGUAGCAGAGGGUAUCAACAUCGCCGAGCACUUUGGCCAGAAGAACGAUGCUACGCACAAGAAACCCGAAGUCCAAGGCGAGCCUUGCAAUGAUGGUACACUACAAACAGACACACAUUCCAAGAUGCUGCAUUCUGCACAACCAGUCCCACAAGCUCAACCGCCUUCAGCAGCUGUGGAUGCACAACCGGCUGAGACUUCCAUUUCCGACAAACCAUCACAAGAAUCAAAACCAAAGAAACUCUUGAAGUUCAAUCCCAAAACCGGAACCAUCGGUUCUCCGCCCAAAUCGAAAGCGCAGAACAUGGACGAAUCGGUACCAGAUCAAAUACCUGCAGCUCGACCCAGGAGGUCCAAGAAAGGGACAAGCUUGUUAGUACAUAUCCGAUAUGGUCACGAUGACGCUGCCCGUACCCGAAUCGCGGAAAAGAUCGAAGAGAUAUUCAGUGGCGUGAGGUAUAUCUCUGCCAAGAACAGCAAGCUUGUUGCAUCUCAAUUAUCGGGAGAACAGAGCAGUUCGGCUCCUAGUCAAGAAGCGCCCAGCAAACGCUCUUUGAAGAAGGAUCAGACGCUCAAGGCAGCCAAGGCUGCUCAUCCAUUCUUCAAUUCUAAAUCCAAGACAACUGUGACAACUACAACUGCGAAAGAGCUGCCAAAAUCCCCAUCGAAAAAACAAUCCAUCUUCACGUCCACCCCAUGUUCACCAAAACAAAUACGCCAAAAACCCACAAAGUUCAAUUUCCCGCAAUUCGGUCCGAAGUCUGGUGGUACCAAGUUCCCUGGUGCUCAACAGGCAGCAUGGCCAUGGAAAGGCAUGGUUCACAUUCAUGGCGAUGAGCGUGAUACAAAUCCGUUUUGGCCUAUUGCAUCCCGCCGAAUGGACUCUGGAGGUAGAAAAGCCAAGGGUCGUGAGAUUGAGUUUUCGGCAACCGAAUCAGUCAUGCGGGCUGUUGAGAAGAGGCUCGAAUUAGCAAAGCUGGCGGAAGAGGUAAAAUUGCUCAAUAGCGAUGAUUUUCUUCCUCCACCGCCAACACUCCGUUUGCCAGGUCGUCAUUUUGAAAGUGGCAAGAGACUUCAAGAAAGAUUAAGAUCAGAGCUACGAACCCUGGAAUCAGGAGAUCGGACUCAAGCGCAUCCUGCUAUUUUGAACGGCUUUGAUUCCCUGUCAAGAUCUUUGACUGCAUUCGACCGGUCAACCUGCGAGAAUAUUGCCUGGACGCAGAAGUACUGUCCCACAUCAGCAAGUGAGGUGCUUCAGGGCGGCAAAGAGGCUGAGCUUCUCCGAGACUGGCUUCAAACUCUGAAGGUUCAAACCGUAGAUACAGGCUCAUCAGACAAUGGCACUGCAAAUGCUAAGUCGGGCCCUGCGAAAAAGAAGAGGCGGAAGAAGCUUGAUAACUUUAUCGUAUCAAGCGACGAAGAAGACUUGUUGAUGAAUGAAGAAUCCGAUGAUGAAUCAGCAUGGCUGCCCCAGCAUAGCCAUGGGAGCUCAAGGAGGACUGUCGUGCGACCUACUUCAACGAAGGUUGUGAGGUUUAUGAAUUCUGUCCUACUCAGCGGACCUCAUGGCAGUGGCAAAUCGGCAACGGUAUACGCAAUCGCCAAAGAACUUGACUUUGAGGUGUUUGAGAUAAGUCCAGGAUCGCGAAGGAAUGGCAAAGACAUUGUUGAGAAAAUUGGCGACAUGACUCGAAACCACCAGGUCUCUCAUAAGCAGGAAGCAGCGAAGCUCGACGAUGCUAUUAAUGAGGACGAUGUCGCCCGUGAAAUCUCGACCGGUAAACAAGGCAUGAUGACGGCCUUCUUCAAGCCAAAGGUUGAACCCAAAGCCAAAGCCGAAGUAAAGCCCAAGGGCGAAUCAGAACCCCCGAGGAAGACAUCCAACAAGGCUCAGAAGCAAUCUCUGAUUUUGCUUGAAGAGGUCGAUAUCCUCUACGAGGAGGACAAACAAUUUUGGGCUACCGUUAUCGGGCUCAUGGCCCAGUCCAAACGCCCAUUCAUCAUGACUUGUAACAAUGAGUUCCUGGUGCCACUGCAAAACCUUGCUCUACAUGGUAUUUUUCGGUUCAGUGCCGCCCCGACAGAUCUCGCUGUUGAUCACUUACUCCUGAUCGCGGCCAACGAAGGGCAUGCGCUGAGUCGGGAUGCCGUCCAAGCUCUGUACGAGUCGCGUAGGAACGACCUGCGUGCUUCUAUUAGCGAGUUGAAUUAUUGGUGCCAGAUCGGGGUCGGUGAUCCCAAAGGAGGUUUUGGGUGGUUUUACCGAAAAUGGCCCAAGGGGUCUGAUCUCGAUGAGCGUGGGGAUCGGAUUCGGGUGGUCAGUUCGGAUACAUACCGGACGGGGAUGGGCUGGCUCGGUCGGGAUCCAGUCAGCAACUUACCCAUCCGAUAUGUACAAGACGAGAUCACUCGACAGGUCUGGGAGAGCUGGGGACUUGAUACAAGCGAGGAUCAAUGUUGCUUGAACGAUCUGGAGCAGGUAAUGAUGCCAAACACCACGCACGUCUCACGUGGAGAUCGUAUCGCCCUUCUCGACGCCGCAGACUCUUUUUAUGAGUCGUUCAGUGCAGCAGACAUCAUCUCACAAGGUGCCUUGUCAAGUCUGAAUCAAGUCUCUUUGGAUCCCACAUUGCCGCCUUCUGCAAUUAAGACCAAAGACGACUUCAUCAUCGGUCUGCAACCUAUAGACGCCCCAUUGCUGAGCAGAUAUAAUACUGCGACAUUCGAUAUGGCUACGAGCAUCAGGAGCUUCGCUAGCUCACAACUGCCAAAUACCAAUCUCACUGGUCAUUCUGAGCAUUCCCAACUCGACGAAAACUCAGCCAUCAAUAAGAUCAGAGCUAACAUUGGUAAACUCGCUUCCCUGUCUGGCAUCACUCGACUCGACUACAGUAUGGCCUUUGAUCCUAUUGCCGUUUCCGAUAAGUCUUUGGGCCAGUCUUCUGGUCAUCUUGACCCGUCUGUAUUCGACCGUACCAUGAAGAUGAUUACACUGGAUGUGGCGCCUUAUGUGCGUAGCAUUGUCGCUUAUGACCAGCGGCUCCAAACGGAACGAUUACUACGGAGUAAUCUGCUUAGCGAGGGCGGCAAACCGAAGAAACGAAUGCGCUCGACGCGUAGUGCUUAUUCUGCGCUGGAAGGCGGUACUCGAGCCAGUACGCGACGGGAGAAGUACUUUUCUGCAGAUAUAAAUCCCCAUCUCGUCAUGAAGACAGGGGGCAGAGGUUGGGAAUUGCUGACGAAUGAUGUACAUACCAUGAACGAAGUGCCAAAUAGUCCAAACUCUUCCGCGGUGGACAGCGAUGAGAUGAAUAACCCUAUAGCCUAG